AAACAACAAACAAAAAGAUAAUGUAAUAUUGUUUUAGGCAAUUAUAGGUAUGAGUUUACUUAUUUAUCUUCAUAUAGUAUUCAAUCAAAAACCAGUGACAUGUCUUUCUCAUUUACAUGAUAAUUGGCCAAGACAAGGUGUAGUUCGUGUUGAUUUAGACUUAUCGAUGGGAUUUGUUCAGUUGGAAUAUUCGACAUUACAUUGUUCAAAUAAAUAA